AUGUCUAAUCCAUUACCACAACCACCACCACAUAGGUAUGGACAAUCUAGCAGAUCUGAUAAAAUCAAUAAACCAGCACCUAUUAUAGUGUCAGGUGAUAUAAAAAUAGUAGAUUUAAGGCCUUGGGUUAGAGGGUUUGACAUUAAAUGUAUACUGUUAGAGCUUAUUUCAAAACGUACACUAAAAACCAAUUCAGAUGUUGAGAUACAUAGUUUCCUAGUAGCCGAUGAAACUGCAACAUGUACAUUAGUAAUCUGGGAUAAAGGUCAACAUUUUAGGGAGGGAGAUGUUGUUCAGAUUUAUAAUGGGGAUGCAAUGCAGUAUAAGGAAUCUGAAGAACCAAAUAUGAGUGGUUUUCUGUGGAUAUCAGAAAACAAUGGAAACAAAGAGUCUAUGCAAAUAUCUUUGUCCAUGUCUUCCAAUUCUAAAUCUAUUAUUUCUUCAAAAGGCACACCAAAAAUAAAACAGGAAAAUGAUAAAGAACAACAACAAUUAUUUCGGAAAGGAGCUACUAGACGUGAUAGUUGGAGUACAAGUGAUAUUAGAGAUCAUGGUGAUUACGAAAUUGGAAAUAAUGGAUGCAGAAUUUCAGAUAAAAAAAUUGGAGGAAGUGGGGAAAAUAAUAAUAAUCGCUAUUCAGGUGGUGGUGGUCGUAACAACAAUAACAACAAUAGAGGUCAUCUUGAUAGACCUGAAGAAGGUGAACUAGUUGAUUUUUCAACAUUUUCACCUGGAUAUAAUAACAGUAAUACAACACCACCAAGAAAACAGCCAAAAUAUUAA